UAUUGUGUGAGGAUUGUGUCGCCAAGCCCAGAGACAAUAAAAGGAUAUUAACUGCUGACACGGAAGGAAACCCUUCAAUAUUGAAUUUCUUGUUUACAUACCCGUGCCAUAUAAACCACGUGUAACGAGGCACGCGCAUUCACGUUCAGUCUUUGAGUUUAGAUUGGCGAUACAGAAAUGUUUUAUUAGGACGGAAUGUACUGUCAUUUCAGUAUUUACGUAUGUAUGGAACACGAAGUCUGAAAGCGACGUAAUUUAGGACCAGCACAUCCGAGGAUAUAUAUUAUUCACAAACCCACGCGGCAAACUAAAUCGCAUAUACUUAGUAUUCCGAAAUACAACAAUUAUUGACUGCAAUUUGUGGGCAUUAAAGAUCAAUUCCGUUGGUUUUUGUGGAAAAAGCACUAAUUAUCGGUUUUGUUGUGUAGAAACGAAGACAAAUCCGGAAUCAUUUGACUCAGAAAGACAAAGCAGGUUUGAUUUUGUGGGAGAUUGACUAUAUUGAGUUUAUAUUGACUAUUUGGAAGACAUCGACAAAAAGGGUCUUCGGAAUGGACACAGGAUUAUGUAAAUUAGUCCUGAUACAAACACGCAUCGCCGGGUAACACAAGCUAUACUACAUUGUUUAAACAUAAUUCUAGGAAGUGAUUUUCAUCUACCCGGCCAAGGUAAGGAGUACAGACGAUCAAAGAUGAAAGUGGCAUUGGCCCUGUUUGACAUCAUCAAGGCAAUCUGUGUACGGCUUGUCUUACUGAUUCACAGUCUGCUGGCGGUGUGGAGGGUGGUCAGUAUAAACAAUGAUAACUUCUUCUGGUGGUUCGCCAUCGUCGAUGUCGCUCUUAUCCUUGAGGGUCUCGUGGUCGUUAUUGGAAGAAAGGGCAUGGAAUACAAGUGGUUCUGUCCGUGUUUCCUGUUUUAUCUGGGUGGAACAGUUCCAGCAAUAUGGCUGCUGGAGCUCGACAGGCGAGAGCGAUUUAUCCAGAACUUACAUUCUGUUACGGUCACGAACACCACAAACGUGACGGAUACCACCACCACCUCCAACUACGACUUAUCUACUGUAUACGUGCAGGAAGUUGUACGGGAUAGCACAAUCAGCGUGUACGGUGUAACGAUACCAUUGACCAUUGAACUGGAGCCGGACACGUGGGUUGUCAUCAUAGAACAACUUUUACUAUACUUCAUGAUACUUGGACGAUGGAUUCUUCCCCGAGGGAAAAUUUCUCGGAACGAGUUGUCUCAGCUUCUGUUUGUUUUUAUCGGAAUGGCGUCAGACAUCACUGAACUGUUUGCUCUGUUUGACGAAACACCUGUCAGACAGAGCCUCGAGUUGACAUAUGUUAUUUUGAUUAUGUGGUCGGUCAGUCUGGUCCAGUUUUGUUUCGUGCUCACCGCCACUAAGAAUCCCUCACGACCCCGCGUGGCAUUAGCGUCUCAGCGUGACAUGCGAAGGAAGCUACAAUGCUCAACGUGUUACAGCACGGAGCUAUGGAGCAUAUUCGUGCUGAUGUUAAUGCAGGAUUUGCCAUUUUUAGUAAUUCGAACUUACACUAUAGCCUCCUUAAACCUCAUCACCUACAGCAUUAUCUUUUUUACCUCUAAAAACAUCCUGAUUGUCCUUCUUCUUAUUUACCGUGUGGCUGUGAUAUGUUGCGUGAAAAAGGAUGACGACGACAGCGACAACGACAAGAAGAAUAGUCCAUACAAAGCUGGGCAAUUCGUUCACAGAAAAGCAGGGACCAAUGGCCACCUCGAAUCUAUAUCAGUUAUAGAACACAACACACAGAGUCAUAAUCAUCAACCGACUCAUCGUCUACAUUCUACCAAGCCAUCUACUUGGCAUGAGUAUCAGACGAGAAAUCUGAAGUUAAAUCCUAACAUGUUGACACUUGCUACCAGAAAACACCAUUCACAGAAACAAUAUGUUUACCAUAACACGAAAAAAAGUUUGGGUAGUCUAUGAUGACAGGAACUCAGAGCUAAUAACUCCCACAAAGCAUUAAAAACGUUGAUCACGAUGUGCGACGAAUACGAUACACAGUCUCAUAUACAUGACCGUAUUUUAUAGUUAUGUCCAUUGAUCUGGCAAAUACUGAUCCUCUUUCUUACAUGUUCCCCAGGACAAACAUGAGUCUAACAAUUCCAUUGAGCUUAUGUCAUACACAAUGUGACAAAUACAAAGACGGACACAAUCACGAUACCGCUAUAAAGGAUGACCUAUGACACCUUCUCUUCAUUAAAUCGAAUCACAUUUUCUGACAGAGCAAAUGUAAUAUGUAAAGCAUUGCUUGUUUUCAUCCAAGUUUGACGCAUACAGUGAAUUAUAUGUCGUUAUACACAAUUGAUAACAUUUGUGCAGGAUUGCUGGGAAAUGGUUUAAUUACGUUGUAUAGCCUUUCCAACUGGUUCAAUCAUAAUACACUGCUGAUAGUAAGAUACGGUACCGACCAUUACGCUAUCAACUUUCAUUAAGAUGGAGUAAUAUUCCCGUUGUUCAGUCAAGACACUAUUUGAAAUUAUAACAAAAAUCAAAUGGAUUUUCUGGCAAAUAUCAAUUGACAUCUUGGUUAUUGACGAAUUUACAUUUGGUAUUCGUCAAUAGAUCAGUAAUCAACAAUAUCGGGAGAUAUCUUAAGUUUAGAUGUAAUUCGAAUUAAUAUUAUAUGAAGUUCAUCACACUGAUCUCUUUGAUUAUAUAUAUCUACAGGUCAUUCACAGUGUCACCGAGUGAAUUAGAGCGAUAUAUUUGUUCGCGGUACUCUUUGUUUUGUGUUGAUGCAGCUGAAGGAGCUGAGGGAGCAACUUUCAUUAAUGUUUUUACUACAAACACGAUACUAUUUCUGUCAGUAACUCAUACCUUGUAGUAGUUUAGCACUGCGGAAUAAUCAAAAGUAGCUUAUCAAAACCAGCACACAGUCUUAUUGUCCAGCCUCGCGGUUUGUUCAUACAAUAACACAUUUGUCGAUUAAUUUGUCUUAUUACCGGUAAGUAGAUUGGGUUUUAACAGAAUCAUUCAUGGUUGAAUAUUCCUUCGAAUUAUAUAUAUAUAUAUAUAAUGAGAAUUGCAUAAUAUUGAUAUAUUUCACGGUGUAUUCCAUCACACGAAUGAGAAUUUUCUAAUCAUCUGGGUCCUUAAACAGAUUUUCUAAUGGCAUCCUCCAACAACACGCCC